UCGUGGUGUACACGGUGGAAGAAAGUAGUGUAUCUGCGCGCCCUCGGUUUUUGCCGCUCAAUAUCUGGUGCGUGCGUGUGUGUGUAGCAAGAGAGAGAGUUGUAGUGCUGCGAGCGUGGUUAAGCAAGCGCCCGUACGGGAUUUACGGUUUAGUUGGUAUCGCUCUGUCCCCGGCGGCUGUAGCCUUUUGUUUUCGUUCUGCUGCGGCUCGGUUCCGUAGACACAUCUUAAGUUUUAGUACACGUUACGUUUCCCAGUCAACAAGACCCCAAAAACAUAUAAAAAUGAAAGUCACAUUCCUGUUGGAGCUAUUACUAAUUCUGAUCAUCAUCGCAUUUGCUGCCUCCAAACCGGUCAGCGAUGAGGGACGAAAUGCACACAAAGGCACGCUCAUCUCGCGACAGGCGGCCGAAGAUCUGGCUGGAGCAGUAGCACCGGUUGAUGGCGCACCAGUGGUUCCCGUUGCCCCGGCUGCCGGCGGUGAUGACGACGACGACGAUGACGACGAUUCCGAUGAGUUCGAUCUCGGCGACGACGACGAUUCGGCCGAAGACGACGAUGACGAUGCGGACGACGAUGAUGACGACGAGGAAGACAUCAUCGGAUCGGUCGAGGAUGAGAUCGACGACGAUGACGACGAUGAUGAUGAUGACGAUGAUGAUGAGGUAGCGGCACCGGUGGCCCCGGCGGCGGUUGUCGACCAGCAGAAGCAGACGGCCAACCAGGUGGCACCGGCGGCUGCGGCGGCCGCUGCUGAGGACGACGAUGACGACGAUGAUGACGAUGAUGAGGAGGACGAUGCGCUGUCUUUUUUUGGUGAUGACCUCCUAGGCGCCUUCGACGAUGAUGACGACGACGACGACGAUGAUGACGAUGAUGAUGACGAUGAUGAGGAUACGGUUGCCGCCGUCCAGCCCGCCGUCCAGGCCGCCGCCGCCGUCGCCCAGCCCGUCGCCCAGGCCGCCGCCGAACCGGUGGCCCAGGUCGCGGCCGCCGCCCCGGCCGCCGCCAAGAAGACGAAGAAGAAGGUGGCCGCCCAGAACACGCAGGCCCUGCUGGAUCUGGCCGAUGCGGCCGCGGCCCAGAACGAGGUGGACAGCAGCGCGGUGAAGAAGCCGGCCGAGGAGCUGGACGUGAACAGCGAGGUGAACAAGAUUGCGGAAUCGCUCACCAGCCAGGGAGGCGCAGGGGACAGCGCGACCGAGCCGGCGGUGGAGGAGGACGGAGAGGAGGAGGAGUACGACGAGGACUCGCCAGAAAAGGUACAAACUCAAAACACGAAUAACAAUAAAGUUGACGUUGUUGCGAACGCUCCAGCUCAGCCCGUAACCGUGACGAAACCGGAGAAGAAACCGGCGACCGGAGACGAUGACGACUACCUGUCCGCCCUGGUCGGCGACGAUGACGAUGACGACGACGACGACGAUGACGAUGACAGCGAGGAGACGCCAGCCGGCGCAGCGGCAGCAGCCGCCACCGGCCAGAAGGAGGACCAGCAGCAGCAGCAGCAGGCGGCCGCGGAAGCGGACGAUGACGCGGAAGACGACGAUGACGACGAUGACGAUGACGACAGCGACGAGCUGAUCGACGAGAGCGCGGUGGAGGACAUUGCCGAGUCGGACGUGUGAGUUGGUCCGCUGACCGGGCGUGUCCCAUCAGCGGCCCACCAGCGCCCACCAGCCCAGCCCCGCCCCGCUCAACCCGACUCCAGCAACACAGCCGUGCCGAUAUACCGAAGGAAGUAGAAGGCGAACACCCAAACACCCUAGCACGAAGCAGCCCCUUUCCCUCCCGCUAGAAACAGAUGGUGGAUAAUAGGUGAGAAUGGGGGAAACAGUUAUUGUGGCACAAAGGGGGGAUGAUGGGGUGGUGUGGGGUGGGAGUGGGGGUUAGUAUGGCAGCGCAAUGGCCACGCCUGGCGUGUAUGGGCCGGUGAAGCAAACCAAACUGUAAAGAAUGACGACGAUUGUCCUGAUGCGAUAUUCCCUGGAUGCGAUCACAACUAUCCUCCCAGCUACCUCCCCCAUCCGUCAAAACCCGCCCCCAAACUGCGCCACUCCAACACAGCCCCAGCCAGUCAUACGUAAAGAGACUUUGCUUUUCCCACCAAAACCCACCAAACUACGCGUCCCCCCCCCCCCCAUCGUGUGCUGGAAGAAGAAGUAUAGGGGGAGCGGAGAUUCGUUCGCGUGCAAUUUCAUCUGCACACGCAACUGGCGCAACGACUCAUGCUGCUUCAGUGCGCGCUAGAGAGAGAGAAAUGACCCUAAGCCCCUAACACUUCGAUGCGAAUCCCUCAUGCAUGUCCGUUUGUGCCUCGUUCAAGGAGGUUCAAGAGGAGGAGAGAGAGAGAGAGAGAGAGAGUAAGAAAAUCAGAUAGAUAGAUAGAGCAUUAGAGCAUAGAGAAGACGCACGCGUACCCGUACCCACACGGCAACGGACCACAACACCGACGCUGCCGAUACUAAUCGGGCACAAUCGACGCCGACAGACCCCGAUAUGGAAGCCGUGUUUGAUGGAACAACCCCCUCCCAUGGGGAAACUGGGGAACAGGCCGGGCAACUACCACCACCACAGACGACGCGGACGUAAACGAGAAGCAAGAAAAACCCCGAACACACACUGACUAGGAGUUUUAAGCUAAUUUAUUUAUUUAUUUAAAUUAUUUAUUUAUUUAAUUUAUUCGUACGGAUGUGUACAACAAUCAAAGGACAACACAACACCACAGCGACUUUUACUACUGCUAAAACCAUCUCUACCACCCAACUGCUAACACAAACACGCUGUGUGCUGCAAAAGAAAAAAAAACACUGCUGGAACUCUUUUUUUGCGUGUGAACCAAAAGAAAGUGAUAGCCGCAGACAUUGCUCAACAGUAGAACACGUACACAUACACGACCACAUGUUACACAAGUACGAAAGGACUCAAAUAAAGAAGAAACGAACAAAACGGACGCGAGAGAUUGUAAAAACAAA